AUGGACACAAUUGCAAUUUUGGUUUGCUACAAUGGCAAAUGGGUAACCUCAAAGAAGAUGUGCACAUAUGAAAGGGGUGACUCAAAAGGCAUAAUAGUUUCGCGAAACAUCAAGUUUGGUGAGCUUUUGGAACGAGUGCAUAAGGUUGUUAAUAGAGACAACAUGGAAGACAAGAUUUGUUUAAAGUUCUUAGUUUCAAUAUCCUCGAAUGAGUGUAAGCAUAUCAAGAUUGAGGACAAUGAUGAUGUUAAAUUUUUUAUUAAGUACAUUUGUGAAGUAAUUCCUUCGAAAGUGGCUCCUUUACUGGUGAGCAUAGAAGACAGAGGAGUGACAAAUGUCGUAGGUGAUCGUAUACAUAUCACGACGGAUAUGAGUCGGAUGGCCUAUUCUUCAAAUGCCAUAGUUGAAAGCAAUGGUGAUGUACAUGGGGAUUUUGGAACAGAAUAUUUAGACAUGAUUGAUUUUACAAGGGUGGAGGGGAUGCAUAGUGGUGAAUUCCGACACAAGGACAUACAUCCACACCGAUGA